AUUUUGGGGAUGAAUCGUUUAAAGGAGUUCUGUGUUGUCUUUCUUCUUUGACUCUUGGAUGUUUAUAAAAUGUCCGGGUUUCAGGAUCUUUCAGAAUUUCCAGAGGAGCUCCAGCAGAUUUCUUUGAGUAAAGCAGAGGUUCUCCCUGAGCAGAAGGAGAUUACAGAGCCCCCACACAUUAAAGAGGAAAACGAGGAACUGUGGAGUAAUCAGGACAGAGAGCAGCUUCAAGAGACAGAGGAGACUGAUAUCAUCAAGUUCACAUUUUUUCCUGCCCCUGUGAAGAGUGAGGAUGAGGAUGAAGUGAAACCUCAGUCCUCACAGCUUCAUCAGGGACAAACUGAAGAGAUAAAAGCAGGAGAUGAUGGAGAGGACUGUGGAGGAGCAGUAGCAGCCAGGAACUCUGAACCAGAUGAAGAUUUGCAAGAGGCUGAGGUCAAGACUGAAGAUUCAUCUGAACCUGAGACUGAUGACAGUGCUGACUGGAGGGAGAACAUAGAACACCAGUUACAUUUAAACUCUGUGGGCAAAAAGAAAGAAAAGAGAAAGAGAAGUGAUAUGAAAUCAUAUAGCUGCUCUGACUGUAGUAAAAGAUUUAAAUUCAAAUGUCUUCUGACACAACAUAUGAUGGUUCACACUGGAGAGAAACCCUUCAGCUGCUCUGAGUGUGGUAAAAAAUUUAACCAAAAAAGUAAUCUGGCAACUCAUAUGAAAAUUCACACAGGGGAGAAACCCUUCAGCUGCCCUAAGUGCAAUCAAAUAUUCACCAGACAAGAAAAUAUGACCCGACACAUGGUGGUUCAUACCAAAGCAAAGCCAUUUACCUGCUCUGAGUGUGGUAAAGGUUUCAGCCAAAAAGGAAGUAUGACCAUACAUAUGAGAAUUCAUAAUGGGGAGAAACUCUUUGGCUGCCCAGACUGUGGUAAAAGAUUUGUCUUUAAAGGUAAUCUAUCAAGACACAUGAGAAUUCACAAGGGAGAGAAACCUUUCAGUUGUUCUGAGUGUGGUAAAAGAUUUAACUUUAAGUCCAAUCUGACAGCUCAUAUAGCAAAACACAAAGGAAUAAAACUCUUUAGCUGCUCUGAGUGCGGAAAAAGAUUUAUACUUAAAAGUAGCCUGAAAAGACAUACAAAAACACACACAGGAGAGAAACCAUUUAGCUGCAAUGAGUGUGGAAAAAGUUUCAGCCAAAUUGGAAACCUGACUAUACAUAUGUUAGUUCACACCGGGGAAAAACCCUUCAACUGCUCUGAGUGUGGUAAAAGUUUUUGCCUCAAAGGUAAUCUCACAAAACACAUGCGAACUCAUACAGGAGAGAAACCUUUUAGCUGUUCUGAGUGUGGCGACAGAUUUGCCCAACAGGGAACUUUGACACAUCAUAUGAGACGCCACACAGGAGAGAAACCAUUCAGCUGCUCUGAGUGUGGUAAAAGGUUUAGACAACAAGGAAUGAUGACGAAGCACAUGAGAGUUCAUACAGAUGAGAACCUCUUCAGCUGCUCACAGUGCAGUAAAACAUUUAAUUCAAAUAGUCACCUCAUGGAACACAUGAGAACUCAUACAGGAGAGAAACCAUUCAGUUGCUCUGGGUGUGGUAAAAGCUUUAACAAAAAUAGUAACCUGACUAGACAUAUGCUAGUUCACACCAAAGAGAAACCAUUUAAUUGUCUUGAGUGUGGUAAAGGAUUUAAACAAAAGUUGUAUCUGAUGCUUCACAUGGCACAUCACAGAGGUGAGAAACCUUUUGAUUGUAAUCUUUGUGACCAAAAGUUUGCUUGGCUUUCUCAGUUAAGAAUUCACAAGUGUGUUGGCAGUCAGGCCCAAGAGAAUAUUCAAAACCAACCUGACGAUAAAAGAGAGGCAGAAACAGGAGCUGAUGGAGAGGACUGUGGAGGAUCAGAUCCAGAGAGACAUUUGCACUCAGAGACCAAUGUCGAGACUUGGGACUUUUCUGAACCUGAGAUCAACAAGAGUGAUAAUUGUUAGAGAGGGACCAGAGAAAAUAUAUAAGUUUCCCAUCAUUGUUGAAUUAAUAAAACAGAUCCAUCUCUUAUCAAGAGGGAGGGUUGAUUCUCCUCCAUCCACAUGUGGCCAGUUCCUGCCCCCCAGGAAUAAAAUUUAUGUUUUGGGCAUUAAAAUCCAAUUUUGAGAAAUUGUUUUUGUAAGCAUCAACCUCUGAGAUCCACUAGACCUGUUACAUCAUACCUCUACAGCAGAUUACUGCUAAAAAAUUAACCUUUUUGAUAAAAAAAGAGCAAAUUGGCUUCAAUAAUAGCAUCAAAAGACAUCAGAAAAAAAUCAAAUGGCAGCAAAAAAGUAGCAACCAUGAAUAAAAGGCCUCCAUCUGAUGUUUGGAGGAACAGAGUCACAUAUGAUUUCCACCCAGUAUCCUGGUUUGGCAAUACACUUUGACACAGUACACCUGAUCUUGUUUCCACAUUUGAUAUCCUUCCAGCCUUGAUCCUUGCUGUGGGAAUCUGUCUCUUUAAAGAGCAACAGAUCAUUUGACUCAGCUUUUAAAUGAAAGCCAGCUCUUGUGGUUCACAUUAAAGAGCUGUUUGUCCAACUUGUUUGUGAACAACAUAUCAUUAUUCAGUCACCUACCCCACAAAGGCUUAUUUGCUAAAUAGUAUAUCUGUGUUUCCAUUACAAGCAUGUUUAUAAUGUAACAAGGAUGAAAAGCUGUCAAAUGGGUGCAGCCAGCAUUCUAGCUCAGUAGAGGACUCCUCAAGACCCUUGUCUUUCUUCAUCAGUAUGAUAAUAUUGAGUAUUCAUGUUUCAAAUCAUGUUUUGUUUUCUGCAUAUUCAUGGCAUAAUGUUCUGUAAGUUUCCACAUAAUUUAAAAAUAAGAUAACAUACAUAAAAUUUCUGUGAGUGGUCUGCGCAGCAGCUCAGUGAAUGUUUUCUGUUGUAAGACAUUUGGUUUUACUUUAAAUUAUGAUUUUAAAAGUGUCAAUAUUUUAUGUGUUUAGCAUUUUUUUCCACUGUAAAUAUUUACUGUCCAUUCCAAUAACAAA